AUGCCGACAAAUCGACUGCCUUCGACUACACAGCUGCAGCAGUUGCUGAUCCCGAGACCCCCCAAACUAUGCUUAUUACCCCUGGAAUCUAUCCUUCAGCCGACUAGACUUCUGCCGCUGAGCAGCGUCCACAUCCGUCUGAACAGCCGGCUGGCGAAACAGUGGAAGGGGAGUGGCGAUGAGGACCAUUCCAUACAUCGGCAGGAAAAGGGGGACACUACAUAUCCGGGAGCAGAGGGAGCACGACAGGGCAUCAAGGAGAGAGAAGAAAGCGAGGGGAUUGCGGAUGCGACCAAGUCCCAGGCAAAGACAGAACGAGAAGGCUUGAAGUUCGGAAGGAAGGCCAAGGAGGAUCACCCGAAGGCUCCAGAGCCAGUAAUUGGCAUGAAUGAUGAAAGAGGAGAAGUAAGU